AUGUUAUCCGAAAAGAGACUCAAGAAAGCAAUCCAGAAGAAUGGCGUCCAUAAAUUGGUGUACUCCGUGUUUGCAAAGGACUGGACACCGGAACCAGAGUUGGAGACAUAUAGGCCUCAACCAGUGGUAAUCCUUACAAAAAAUGAAUUCAUUUGGUUCUUCGGAACGGUUCCGAUGGACACCACAAAGGCUGUGGUCCUGAGGAAUGCGAUGGUGUUUUUCGAUUGGCUUUUAUAUCAUCAACAGAUGCACGACAAGCCAACAAUUUUGUGGACGAAAAUGAUAACCGAAAAGAGACUCAAGAAAUUACUUCAAAAGAAUGGUGUCUAUAAAUUGGUGUACUCCGUGUUUGCAAAGGACUGGACACCGGAACCAAAGUUGUCGGCCUAUAAGCCGAGACCAAUGGUAGGCUUUACAAAAAAUGAAUUCCUUUGGUUCUUCGAAACGGUUCCGAAGGGCACCACAUAUGUUGAUGGCGUGAGGAAUGCGUCCGUGUGUUUCCAAUGGCUUUUAUAUCGUCAACAAAUGCACCAAAAACAUUUGUAUCAAAGACUUUGUGUCCCGAAAAUGAUAUCCGAAAAGAGGCUCAAGAAAUUAGUCCAGAAGAAUGGUUACUAUAAA